CCUUGAUCAUCCUCUUCAUCUACCUAUCUAGAAUGACUAAAUGCUACUGGAAGCCUGCUUGCGCGUCUCACGUUCGUGGUAAUUUCCCAUGUUUUAUUCGAAUCGCAACAUCCGGUCCUUGUUCAGUUCUUGUCCCUUAUUUUACCCUUGGUCGUCUUGAAGUUCCUCAGUGCACGUAAUCGUUCCUUGAUCUUUCCGCUAUAUAACGCACGACGUACAGACAGGAAGGCUUUAUACUACACCCUCCAUCAUGAACGAAAAAGUCGAAAGUAUUGAGUUAAACAAAGCCGAUCCCUCAGAUACGCGUCAUGCGUCGAUUCGACUAGAACUGGAUACUGGUAUGCAGAAACUUCGAACAAGAAAGCGAUGGUGGCAGAUAUGGCUUUCCAACAAAUCGCCUGGACCAGCACGAACGUCGUUAUCUGACGCGCCGGUUAUCCCGCUUGAAGGUGCCUCCCUCUUAUCCAAGUUAACUUAUUCUUGGAUCACCCCAAUGAUGGUGCUAGGAUAUCAAAGGACUCUCCAAGCACCGGAUCUGUGGAAGUUGCACUCCAGCCAAGAGUCGGGACUUCUUUCAGAGCAAUUAGAUGCGGCAUGGGAACGUCGAGUGAAAAGUGCUCAGGAGUGGAACGCAAUGUUGGAUUCUGGAGAAAUAAAGCCGAGCAUUAUGCUACGCGCGUUUUGGAUUGCAUGCGCGCUGAGAUAUGGAGUUAGCUAUCAGGAUCGUCUUCGUUUCCUAGAGAAUCGGUGGAAAACCGUUACAGCACGACGAAACCCGAGUCUGGCAUGGGCCCUCAAUGAUGUGUUCGGCAGCAUGUUCUGGAUUGGUGGUGCUUUUAAGGUUUUUGGAGACACGGCGCAACUCAUGGGGCCCCUCCUCGUCAAGGCUAUCAUCAAUUUCGCCAAAGCUCGUGCUAGUGCCCGUCUUGAAGGAACUGAAGCGCCUGAUGUCAGCCGCGGGAUAGGAAUGGCCAUCGGACUCUUCUGUAUCGUGAUCUUGACAAGCCUUGCAUCGCACCAGUUUUUCUGGCGCUCUAUGACCACCGGCGUGUUAGCGCGUGCGGCACUCAUUCAUUCGAUUUAUAAACGAGGUGUGGUGUUGACUGGACAGGCUAGAACUCAAUUCUCCAACGCUGCCCUCAUCAAUCACAUAUCCACCGAUGUCAGUAGGAUAGACGCCGCUUCGCAAUGGUUCCAUGCCGGAUGGACCGCUCCAAUUCAGGUGAUGGUCUGCUUGAUCAUCCUGCUCGUUCAGUUAGGACCCUCCGUGCUGGCUGGAUUUCUGCUUUUCCUCCUCGUCGCCCCAGUUCAAGAACGCCUCAUGGCGCACCGAUUCUCCAUCCGUUCAGGAUCCAUGAAAUUCACGGAUGAACGAGCAAAGACCUUUUUGGAGGUUUUAGGCGCUAUGCGGAUUGUAAAAUAUUUCACAUAUGAAGAACCACUCCUGGGACGCAUUAACAACAUCCGGGACAAGGAACUAGUGGGCAUUCGCCAAAUGCACCACGCCCAAUCAGCGAACACAGCGUUUGCAUAUUCAAUACCUGUCUUGGCUUCCACCCUCGCAUUCGUCACUUAUACCAGCACAACGGCGUCUUUUGAUGCUGCGGUCAUCUUCGCUUCCUUGAGUCUGUUUAAUCUACUGCGUCAACCCAUGAUGUUCUUGCCGAGGGCGCUGUCUGUAACUGCAGAUGCACGAAACGCGCUUGAAAGACUAUCUGGCAUAUUCCACGCAGAAAUAAUGGCGGAUGCUUCAUUUGUUGUAAACUCUCAACAAAGUCCCGCUCUGAAGGUAGCUGCUGCGACUUUCGAAUGGGAACUACCUUCUUCCAAUGCCGAACCUGAUCUCACAAAGUUGGAAGACGGUACAUCGACUGAAAAGAUUGUCGAUCAUCCGUUUCGUGUGUCGAGUAUCAAUAUGGAAGUGCCAAGAAAGCGUUUAGUUGCCGUUGUCGGUCGUGUUGGCUCAGGAAAGUCGAGUCUACUUCAAGGUCUGAUCGGGGAAAUGAGAAGAAUAUCUGGCAACGUUUCAUUCAGAGGUCCGGUAGCGUAUUGUCCACAGAUAGCUUGGAUUCAGAAUGCUACUCUGAGAGAUAACAUUCUCUUCGGACAGCCAUUAGAUGAAGCGAGGUAUUGGGCAGUAGUUGAAAAAGCCUGUUUACUUCCUGACUUACAAAUGUUGCCGGAUGGAGAUUUGACCGAGAUCGGGGAGAAAGGUAUUAAUCUAAGCGGCGGGCAGAAGCAGAGAGUGAACAUCGCAAGAGCCUUGUAUUAUGAUGCCGAAAUCCUUCUGUUUGAUGACCCACUUUCUGCUGUCGACGCUCACGUUGGGAAGUCCCUCUUUCACGGAGCAAUUCUUCCCCUCGUCCAAGAAGGGAAGACCGUGGUACUCGUUACGCAUGCGGUGCACUUCCUCUCACACUGUGAUUACAUAUACACUUUAGACGACGGCUGUAUAAUUGAGCAAGGAACGUAUCAGCAACUUCUUGCGGACGAUGGAAAUUUUGCUCGACUGGUGACGGAAUUCGGUGGAACCAGCUCUUCUUCAGAGGCAUCGAAUGUUAACGAAGACGAGGGCCUAGAAGCGAUUAAAUCGAAAUCCGCUCAAGCGAGUGUUAAGGGUACAGGUAAACUCGAAGGAAGACUCAUUGUAAAAGAGCGACGCACAACUGGCUCCCUACCAUGGGCGGUUUACCGAAGCUACUUCUCUGCCGGUGGAGGUUUUAUAACCAUUCCCUUUGUCGCACUCGCAGUCGCCCUAAUGCAGGGUAGUCAAAUUCUUAGUUCUUACACUUUGGUUUGGUGGCAAGCGAACGCGUUUCACCGUCAAUUUUCUUUCUACCAGGUUCUUUAUGCAGGCCUCGGGUUAUCACAAGCUCUGUUUACGAUGAUAUUAGGUAUCUCUAUCGAUAUAACGUCGUCGCUUAUAUCGAGGAACCUGCACAAGAGUGCCUUGUGGCGCAUCUUCCAUGCUACGAUGGCUUUCUUCGACACAACGCCAAUGGGACGAAUUUUGGGAAUCUUUGGCAAAGACAUUGACUCAAUUGAUAACCAGCUCCCUACGUCCAUGAGAUUAUUCGUGAUCACAACGUCCAACGUCAUGGGAGCCGUCGUAAUUAUCACCGUUCUUGAGCACUAUUUCAUUAUCGCUGUGUUCAUCAUCGCAUUUGGUUACCAAUAUUUUGCGUCGUUCUAUCGCGCGAGUGCCCGAGAGAUGAAGAGAUUAGAUGCUAUGCUUCGCUCUGUUCUAUACGCGCACUUCUCUGAGUCUUUGACAGGCCUACCCACGAUUCGGGCAUAUAGAGAGAUUCCGCGAUUUGUAAAUGAUAAUCGAUUUUAUAUCGAUCUCGAAAAUCGGGCGCUUAUCCUAACCGUCACCAACCAGCGCUGGUUAGCCGUAAGGCUUGAUGCUUUAGGUGCCACGUUGGUUCUUUGUGUGGCGAUAUUCGCUGUCGUCGGCGUAUCAGGAAUAAGUCCCGCCGAGAUUGGCCUGGUACUGACAUAUUCAACAACGCUGACUCAAUUAUGCGGCAUGGUGACCAGGCAAUCUGCCGAAGUCGAGAACUAUAUGAAUGCCGUGGAACGAGUUGUCAGCUAUAGCAAAGGAGAGGUUGUUGACCAGGAGGCUCCUUAUCAGAUGGACACAGAUAAAGCAACUUCUCAGUGGAGUCACGGUAGUAUUGAGUUCCGAGAUGUCGCGAUGAGUUAUCGACCUGGCAUGCCUCAGGUGCUUCGUGGAAUCACGCUAGAUAUCCAGGGUGGCGAGAAAAUUGGCAUUGUUGGAAGGACGGGCGCCGGGAAGUCGUCACUCAUAUUGACGCUUCUUCGAAUAGUAGAGUAUUCUGGUGAGAUCUUGAUCGACAGGGACGACAUCUCGAAGAUGGGUCUGAAAAGUCUACGCUCCAAAAUGGCGAUGAUCCCGCAGGACCCUAUCUUGUUCAGUGGGACCGUAAGAUCUACCUUAGACCCGUUCUCGAUCUACGAUGAUGCAAAAUUAUGGGAUGCUCUCAAGCGUUCCUUUCUUGUAGACGAAGAUCCAUCAACUGCCAACAGUUCGACAACCGAAGUCGAAAACCACCAGAAUCGUAUCACCUUGGACACUGUGGUGGAGCCAGAAGGGUCGAAUUUUAGCGUCGGACAACGAUCUUUGCUCAGUCUAGCGCGUGCCCUGGUGAAGGACACAAAAAUAGUCAUUUUAGAUGAGGCUACAGCUUCUGUUGAUGUCGAAACGGACCAGAAGAUUCAACAGACUAUCCAGCAUCAAUUCCGAGAUCGUACUCUCUUGUGUAUCGCACAUCGCCUACGAACGAUCAUUUCGUACGAUCGUGUGUUGGUAUUGGAAGAAGGGCGGGUCGGUGAGUUCGACAGUCCCUUGAAUCUAUUUUUACACGACGAUGGGAUAUUCCGCGGGCUUUGCGAUCGGAGCAACAUAUCGUUUAAUGAUAUUGAGCAGGCGGCGUCCAAGUAGAUCUCUAUAGCACUGUAGAUUUGAACCUCCACGUACGGGAUAACUUGUCGAGUGUGAUAGUUGAUAUACAAACCGGUAGAACAUGCUGCAAAGGGACAUCAAGGAGACAGAUCUUGAGGAUAACCUCCUUGUAAGGGUUGCUGUGCAUCAUUUUUUGAAGAGAGCGGCGACGGACCUACCUUCAUGAGGCGUUUGAUAGACCAUAAAUUUUACAUUUUCAGAUGCAUU